AUGGGGAGAAGGAGAGCACGAAGUGGAGUCGGAAGGGGGGGUUAUGUGGGGAAGAAAAGGGGGAAGAAAGGGAGAGGGAGAGGGAAGAAGAAGCGGCGAUUGCCAAACGAGAAGCUGCGGAAGCAGCAUGAGGAGGAGGCGCGGCAUAGAGUGAGAGGAGAGGGGACAGGAGGAGGGGGAGGAGAGGGGGAGGGGGGUGAAUACGCUGAACGGAUAAGCAGUGGUGGUAGUUUUCACGGCCCUGGGGGGGAGGUCUGGGGAGCGGAUGACUAUGGGGGGAAGGGGGGGUUUGGUGGAGGGGGAGAGGAGGUGGGUUUGGAGAGUGUGAGAGAGGAGGAUUUGGAGGGGGAGAGUGAGGAGGAGAAGGAGGAGAGGAGAGUCUUGGAGGAGGAUGGGUUGCCGCCUCUGGAGGAGGGGAGUGGGGGAGUGUGGAGUGAGAAGGAGAGACGGCUGGCUUUGAACCGAGGGCGGUAUCUGAUGGCCGUGGUGACAGGGGGACUUAACCAGAUGCGGCUGCAGAUAGGGAACGCGGUGGUCAUUGCUCGCAUUCUCAGGGCCGUGCUGGUGGUUCCGGUGCUGCAAGAAAACAACAUCUGGCACGACAGGAGUGAGUUCUCAGAGAUCUUUGACGUGCCUCACUUCCAGCGGGUGUUACGGAGCGAGGUGAGGGUGGUAACAACCCUGCCGCCCCACUACCUGCGGGCCGCACCUGACGAGAAGCUUCCUCCCACUGGCUCCACACCGGAAUGGAUCAUUUCACACCUCCUUCCACCUAAGCUCGUGUCCCGGAUGGCUGCAUCUGGGCCGUUCAUUGCGCUGCAUCUACGGCUGGAGCCAGAUGUGUGGAUCCGGACCGGAUGCUACCCGAGGCUCGGGCCGGAGCUAGAUGCUGCGGUGGAUCGGGAGAGGGUGGGUCGGCCAGACCUGCUGACAGGGCGGCUGAAUCUGACCGCUGAGGAGAGAUUUGCAGCAGGGCUUUGCCCUUUGACUGCUGACGUCAUCGUGCGUCUUCUCAAGUCGUUCGGAGCAACCAAUCGCACGCGGGUGUUCUGGGCGGGGGCGGAGCCAAUGGGAGGCGCACAGCUGGCAUUGGCACCCCUCUGGAUGUCCUUCUCUGUGGUGCACAGCAAGGAGAGCCUCGCGCUGCCGGGGGAGCUGGAGGUGUUUGCACGGCAGGCCAACAUGCUGGCUGCUCUGGACUUCAUCCUCUGUGCGGGCAGCAAUGUGUUCAUGCCGUCGCACGGGGGGAACAUGGCCCAUGUCAUUCAGGCGAACGUACUGGCAGCGCUGAAAUUCAUUAUUUGUGCGAGCAGCCAUGUGUUCAUGCCGUCGCACGGGGGGAACGUGGCACAUAUGAUUCAGGUAUAG